AUGCAAUCAAUAUCUGGCCUGUUAACGGUGAUAAUCACCACAUCGCCAACACCAUCCAGUCCCUCCACUGACCUAAUCUCGUCAGUGAUAGAAUCUUUUCGGCUGCGUUGUCCUGACCUGGCCGCGACGCGGGUGAUCGUGGUAUUUGACACUUUUGACCGGAUCGCUGCGCAGAACCGUUUGAAGAGUGGAUCUGCGUCGCCGGAGGUAGCGCGGAAUUACAGUGCUUAUAAGGAUAAUGUGAAGUCGUUGGUCCUCCGCGAGUAUGUGAAUGAUAAUGAUGGACAUAAUCUCCAACAAGCCACGGCUACAGCGGAGUUCGGCUCGCCGAAUGAUGAAAACAACAGCGUUGAGCUGGCCAUAACCCACACGCGGGAUAAGCACGUCACAUUCAUUGAACCACUCGCAAGGCUGGGAUUCGGCCUCGCUGUCCGCUCUGCCCUACGUGUUGUCGAAACACCCUACGUCUGGGUCCAACAGCACGACUGGGCCCUGGUAGCCAACAUCCCUCUCCAACCACUACUAGAGGUAAUGCGCUCCUCCUCCUCUACAACCGAAAACAUACCCAAACCCAUAAAAUACAUAUCCUUCCCAUCAAUCCGCAUGCACCGCUACGCCGUCUCAGACUGCGUGAACAGCUACCCCACCCUCCGAACCCUGACAGCCACACUGAAAGAGGACUUCUCAUCGUCAUUGCAACCAGAUGUGCAAGUCCCCCUGACGCCUCUAUUCUUCUGGUUCGAUAAGCCGCAUCUUGCGUCUACGGAGCACUAUCUGUCAAGAGUGUUUCCUACGCGUUUGGCCAUGCGUAGGGGCGAGUUUAUUGAGGAUAAGAUUGGACAGAGGGCGAGGGGGCAGAUGAAGGAUGGGGAGUGGGGGAAAUGGGCUACUUGGCUUUAUUAUCCGGAUGAUGGGAGGGAGUUGUGUUUGAGGCAUUUGAUGGGGAGGACUUGGAGGGGGGGUGAGGGGGGGUUGGUGGGGAGGUAUCAGAAGGGGACGUGA